CGUAGACCGCGAAUGACGAAAAGAAAGAUGGCGCCUCCCACCGACCAUCCACGUGCUUUUUCCGGGUCUGAGCUGACUACCACCAGUUGCCGGAAGUGAAGCUUUGGGCCCCGCUUCGUGAAGAGUUCAUUUGGGGUCUGAGAGCGAGUGGAACUGAUCUUACCGGCCGUCGCCAUGUCUGGGAGAAACAACAACAAGCUGCCCAGCAAUCUGCCUCAGUUGCAGAACCUGAUCAAGCGGGACCCCACGGCCUACGUAGAGGAGUUUAUGCAGCAGUAUAAUCACUACAAGUCCCAUGUGGAAAUUUUCAAAUUACAACCAAAUAAACCCAGCAAAGAACUGGCUGAAUUGGUGAUGUUCUUGGCUCAGGUGGGUCACUGUUAUCCAGAACACCUGGUUGACUUCCCCCAGCAGCUGAAGGAACUUCUUUCUUACAACCACACAGUUUUGGAUGCGGGUCUUCGAAUGACAUUUUGCAAAGCUUUGAUGUUGCUGAGAAACAGGAAUCUCAUCAAUCCAACCAGUUUAUUAGAACUCUUCUUUGAACUUCUGCGUUGCCAUGAUAAGCUUCUGCGAAAGACUUUGUAUACUCAUAUUGUGACCGAUAUCAAGAACAUCAAUGCCAAACACAAGAACAACAAAGUGAACGUCGUGCUGCAGAACUUCAUGUACACCAUGUUAAGAGACAGCAAUGCUACCGCUGCCAAGAUCUCUCUGGAUGUGAUGAUUGAACUGUACAGGAGGAACAUCUGGAAUGAUACCAAAACUGUCAAUGUGAUCACAACUGCAUGCUUUUCUAAAGUCACCAAGAUACUAGUUGCUGGUUUAAAAUUUUUUCUUGGUAAAGAUGAAGAUGAGAAGCAAGACAGUGACUCAGAAUCUGAGGACGAUGGGCCCACAGCAAGAGAUUUGCUUGUUAAAUAUGGCACAGGAAAGAAAACGUCCAAGCACAAAAAGAAAUUGGAAAAGGCCAUGAAAGUCUUGAGAAAACAAAAAAAGAAGAAGAAGCCUGAGGUGUUUAAUUUCUCAGCCAUUCAUUUGAUUCAUGAUCCCCAAGAUUUUGCUGAGAAGCUUCUGAAGCAGCUGGAGAAUUCUAAGGAGAGAUUUGAAGUCAAGAUGAUGCUCAUGGACCUCAUCUCCAGAUUAGUGGGAAUUCAUGAGCUCUUUCUUUUUAAUUUCUAUCCCUUUAUACAACGGUUCCUCCAACCCCAUCAGAGAGAAGUGACAAAGAUUCUUCUCUUUGCUGCCCAAGCAGCCCAUCAUCUUGUACCCCCUGAGAUCAUCGAGUCCUUGCUAAUGACUGUGGCCAACAACUUUGUCACCGACAAGAACUCGGGGGAGGUUAUGACAGUCGGGAUUAAUGCUAUAAAAGAGAUAACAGCUCGAUGCCCUCUGGCUAUGACUGAAGAUCUUCUCCAAGAUCUAGCUCAAUACAAAUCUCAUAAAGACAAGAAUGUGAUGAUGUCUGCUAGAACCUUGAUUCAGCUCUUCCGAAGUCUAAAUCCACAAAUGUUGCAGAAAAAAUUCAGAGGCAAACCCACAGAGGCUUCGGUGGAAGCAAGGAUUCAAGAAUAUGGUGAAUUAGAUGCUAAAGAUUACAUUCCAGGGGCUGAAGUUCUUGAUGUUGAGAAAGAGGAAGAGGAUGAAGAGGAUGAUGAUGAUGGCUGGGAGAGCGCCAGCCUCAGUGACGAGGACGAGGACGGCGAAUGGAUCCAGGUGCACCAUUCCUCGGAUGAAGAGCAGCAGGAAAUAGCGGAGAAGCUGAAGAGCGUGCCGGUGGAGGAGCGAAAGGCUAAGGCGGCCGCAGUCAGCACCAGCCGGGUUCUGACCCAAGAAGACUUCCAGAAAAUCCGCCUUGCCCAGCUGAGGAAAGAGAUGGACGCUGCCCCAGGGAAGUCCCAGAAGAGGAAGAACUUUGACAUCGACAGCGAGGAGGAGGAGAGAGGGGAGUUGCUUUCCCUGAGGGACAUCGAACAUCUCCACAAAAAACCCAAGUCUGACAAAGAGACGAGACUGGCGACUGCAAUGGCAGGGAAGACAGACAGAAAAGAAUUUAUGAAGAAAAAGACCAAACUGAACCCUUAUGCUAGUUCUACAAACAAAGAAAAGAAAAAACUGAAGAAUUUCAUGAUGAUGAGGUACAGCCAUGACGUCCGAUCCAAAACGAAGCGCUCCUUCAGAGACAAGCAGUUGGCUCUUCGAGAUGCACUUUUGAAAAAGAAGAAAAAACUAAUGAAAUAACCAUCACCCAUGGGUGACAAGUGCCAUCUUUGCAGUAUUGCUUUGGACUAGCAAGGGAUUCUUGUUGAGAUUAGCAGGAACGGGAGCUCAGUUUGUUGGAAGAUGUAGGCUCACAGAGCCUCCAAGCUGGGAGAGACCUCAGGAGUCAUCUGUCCAACCUAGAUCCUACCCAGAAGGAGUCUCUGCCCUAACAGUCAUCCUGAGAACUGGUCACUGCUUAAGGAACAUCAAGGACAGGAUGCCCUUAUUGAUUGUACAAAAUGUUUCAUUAGUUAAAAGUAUUUUUAUUUUGGAGAGAGAAAAUUGCUGAUAUCUAUAAAAAUUUAUAGAAUAGAAAUAAAUUAUUUUUCCAGUGGACAUCUAUUUUAUUGGUCAGUCCAGAACUGUAUGGCAUAGAUGACAAUGCAGAUGUAAGCCCUAACUUAAUAAACCACAUUGUGUUAGCCCAAUGAAUGACUGACCUAAAAAAUUUGUUCAAACUACUAUUCAUGUCAAAGGGUUGAAUAUUUUUUUAAUGUGUGUAAAAAAAGAAUUGGUAAACAUCUUGCAUAAAAAAAUAAACUGAAUUGUAUAUAACAGUUUUGAAUUUCUCUGGUUUGCUUCAGUUGAGUACCUACUUUAUUGAGAAAGGGAAUUCCCCCCCCCCCCCACAUCCAUUUAAAAAAUAUAUUUUCAUUGAUAUCGUUUAUUUUUGCAUUGCCUGGAUUUCCUUCUGUAUUCUUCCCAGUCCCAGAGAGACAGCCCUUACAACAGUUUUUUUUUAAAAGGAAGAAGAGAAAAAUUCAACAAAAUUGUCCAUAUAUUGAAAAACCUGACAUCUGUGCAAUAUUCCAUGCCUGUGGACAUGCAAAGGAGUAAGGGGAGGUGUCUUCUCUUGAAUGGUAGCUAAAGGAAAACCAUGGCAUCUGGUGUCUGCAUCCUUCCCUAAUAAGUGUGUAUUGAUUGGGAAAGAAUGUUUUGGAAAGGCCUUCAGAAAUCAGCUAAGUUUCCCACGUAUCUGACCAAGAAUCUUUUCUGCAGCAUUGCUGCUGCCCAGCAGCCAUCUUGCACCUAUCCCAAGACUAGCCAGAGGAAAAAGCAGCCCAGUGAGCCACUUCUAAUAUUUUUCUCACAAACUUUGUCAAAUGCUGUGUUGAAAUUUGGUUCUGCUUUUGUCUACACCAACCAAAAAGUUCUUUACUUUUCAUGUGUCACGAAUCCAGCUUUUGGUAAUCUGGUAAAACCUUUGGACCCAAUCUCUGGAAAAAUAAGUAAUUGAAGAAAAUGCUAAAUUUCAGUUAGAAGUUAGUGAAAAUAAAGGUGUAAUUUUGUUUCCAUCCCAAGUUUGCGGGCCUUGGGAAGCUGAUCCAAUGUAAGAAUUCCUGAUGUACAGCAUUCCUCUAAACCAAAGCUUCUUAAAUUGUGGAUUGUAACUCCAUAUGGGGUCUUCCUAAGUGAACUCAAAAAAUUUGACACAGUAAAAAAUAUCAAAUAUUCAGGCAAGAUUUAAUUCUUUAUGUAAAAAUAAGCAUAUCCAUCUCAGUAUGCAGAUUUGC